CGUUUUCCCAGACAUCAGCACUAUAAUAGCCCCAGCAGAGCGCACUACACCAUUACACUGCCUCUCUAUAAGCACCAAGCCUGUGGACACAGCCUCUUGAGGACCAAAUGAACAGGGAUUCAGUGCUUUACAGUUCAGGAUCCAAGAACGUGUGUAUAAGGGGGGAACCAAUUCACGGGCAUCAUCUCCAUAACCAAGCACCUUAAGUGCCUCUUGCUGGAGCCAUGCCCAACUCUGGAGACUGAAAGUGACCUGCCCUUCUGCCAAAAAUAACUGUCUCAGCUCCUGCCAAAAUGCUUUUAGUUCCGGUUUUAUUAUUCAACAAUAAGCAUGUUAUCACUUUUCCGCCUGUAGCUUGACAGGAUUGCACACCAGGCUGAAUUUCGAAAGCAGCUCCAUUCUGUAGUUUUGAACAAUGACUUGGGCGAUAUGCAUCACUACAUGUCAAGAAAAUGUUCCUUCAAUCAUGUGGGCUGCUUUACAUUUGAGGGCAGACGAGAAUCCAUUAACACAACAAUAAAAAAGUAAACAGUCCUUUGUGGAAUUUCACGAGAGGGACAGCACAGACCUGUACAAGUGAUGUCUCUAAGCACCCUUGUAUUAAUGCACGGUUCUAGAAGUUGAAGUAUUUUGCAGCGUGACAGGAUGACAUUGUGAGCAAGAUCCCAGACAGCACUGACAUGCAAUUGGAUUGCCAGAAUAUUCUUUUUUGUUGCAAAAGUGGACUCAAAACAUGCAGUUUACUUUUGUUGCAUGUUCUCAUCUGAUUUUGAUCGCCAGCUGCGUCCGACUGUGAAGAAUGUCAAAACACUUGAGACAAAUUUAUUACUUGGCACAGCCGUUUUAUUUCAGAAGUAUAUAUCUGUGCCCGUUUAACACAGGAUGUUUAGUUCUUUUUGUGUACUUUCUUGCGAAAAUUUGUUUUCUGAGUGCAGAUAGUUAAAAACCCAUAAUUUUGAGACCAUCUUUCACAGUGAAAGAUCACAACACAGCUUAAUUUCAUUACCUUCUGAAUAGCUGUCAGAUGGAGACUGAAAUGUAAAUGCACUGAUGCCCUUGCAGAGCGGCUAGUUGAGCAUCUGACAUUUAAAACCUCUUUUGCGGACCAUUGGAAGGAGUCCAGAAUGCAAACACAAAGUGAAUGAGUGAAGUGUGUCUAUCCAUCAUCCAUCACCAAAUGCCCGAACAUCGUGAGCAGAUGGUUCUCCUUGGAGAAAACAUGACCCCAGGGAUUCUUGCCCAGAACUGCACCAACUGCAGCCAAGCCCUCAUCCCAGAAUUGAACGUCACCAAGGCUGUUGUUUUAGGCCUUGUCCUUGCCAUAUUCCUCGUGUUUGGGGUUCUGGGUAACAUCCUAGUGAUCCUGUCUGUGGCGUGCCACCGUAAUCUGCGAACUGUCACACAUUAUUUUAUUGUAAACUUGGCGGUGGCUGACCUUCUCCUGAGCUCCACUGUGCUUCCUUUCUCCACCAUCUUUGAGAUGCUGGGUCGGUGGGUGUUCGGCAGGACCUUCUGCGACGUCUGGGCAGCAAUGGAUGUCCUCUGCUGCACAGCGUCCAUCAUGAGCUUGUGCGUGAUCUCUGUAGACCGUUACAUUGGAGUCAGCUACCCUCUACGCUACCCGGCCAUAGUGACUGAGCGGCGGGCAUUAUUAGCACUAAUGGGUGUGUGGGCUUUGUCCAUCACCAUCUCUGUGGGACCACUUUUUGGCUGGAAGGAGCCGGCACCAGAGGAUGAGUCCAUCUGCAAGAUCACAGAGGAGCCUGGCUACGCCAUCUUCUCAGCAGUGGGCUCUUUCUACCUCCCACUAGUGGUGAUCCUGGUCAUGUACUGCCGCGUGUAUGUGGUGGCCCGCAGGGAGACACGCGGCCUCAGGAAGGGCCAGAAGACGGAGAAGUCGGACCGUGCAGAAGCAGUGACCUUACGGAUACACCGUGGCAACACUGCUGCCUCAGAGGACGAGGCUUUGAGGAGUCGCACCCACUUUGCCCUCCGACUGCUCAAGUUCUCCCGGGAGAAAAAAGCAGCUAAGACGCUGGGCAUUGUAGUCGGAUGCUUUGUUCUCUGCUGGCUUCCUUUCUUCCUGGUGCUUCCCAUCGGUUCCAUCUUCCCAGCCUACAGACCCUCAGACACGGUCUUCAAGAUCACAUUCUGGCUUGGUUACUUCAACAGUUGCAUCAACCCCAUCAUCUACCCCUGCUCCAGUCAGGAGUUUAAGAAAGCCUUCCUGAGCGUGCUGGGAGUGCACUGCCUGCGGCGCAGGACCACACCCACCCAGCCACUCUGCCAAGGCCACACUGCAGGCCAUGGCCAGGCACAGCUCCUCUCCCUGGGCCUGGAGGGCCGCCCCUACUCAUCCCGCCUCAGCCCGUCCUCCUCCAUGGCCCUGUCCCGCUCGCCCUCGUCCCGGGAUGGCCGCGAGUGGCAGCCCACAUCCCGGGCCUCCUCAGUCAGGGUGAAUGCUGGGGCUAAAGUGGCCGGGGUGUGCAGUAAAAACCUGCUGAGGACGUGCUGCUGCGUAGGAACGGAACCAACUCGCACUCAGCCACCCAGCAGCUCUCUGCCCAUCAUUAAGAUCCAUCAGCUCUCGCUGUGUGAGAACGGGGACGCAGUGUAAACUGUGGAGUGUGAAGUAUCUUUUUUCUCCACCAUAAAUUUUCAAUCAAUACGAGCACAGAAUAUUUUCAAGCAUGAAACUGUUCUUUUGACACCUUAUGACAUAAUUUUGGAAUUGUUUGGUUGAUAUCUGUCCUUUAAUGGUGAAAACAUUAAUUUGCAAUAUUAAAUUAUUAAUAAUUGCACGCACAGAGUUACUACCGUGUUUUGCUAUAUUAUUUAAAUGCAAAUAAGUACAGAGUUACAUUUAAUUUAUAUUCUCUAGUGACAGAUUCUCAGUCUGACUUUCAAUGUCAAUUACAAGACCAUGGCAAAAAUGUAAACAAUGGGUUUCUUUCUGCAAAAUGAUUGCAUGAACAAUAACUUUUUAAAAUGACAAUAUUAUAAAUAUAAUCAUAAUAAAUAUCUCCUUUUUGACUUAUGAACACAAAUAUGGUAUCGAUUGAGAGUUUAGAAUCCACUUUUGACAGAAAGUCUCCAGUUGUCAACAAGAGGAAGAAAUCAUUAUUAAUAUGGAAUUACACCAUGUUUUUGUUAUGACCGAAGAUAACUGCGACUUUAAAGGGUUAUGCAUCACAAUGUGUGCACACUUGUUAUCAAAACCUAUGUACCAGACUAAAGGAAGCAUGAUCUAUCAGUAAAACCAAGACAGAAGCAAGGGUAGAGUACACAUGUUUCUGCUACAUUGUUGCAUAAUAUAAGUGUAUAAUUUCUAUUACUUAAAAUAAGCUUAUGAUUCAACUAAUGUUUCACCACAUAUAUCAAUCAAACCCAAAAAUGACAAUUUAAACAACAGUUGGUUCUUUUUUAAUAUUCUGUGCAAUUUUUCUUGGAAAUUUUAUGGUGUGAUAAAAAACGUACUCUGGUGAAAUGUCUUGAAGACAAACAGCUCUUCUAAUGUUUGCAUUGUGUGUUGUGCCUAUUUGUAAGACAAUGUGACGGACAAACUGAAUUGAUAUGGAACCGGAUAAACACAGAAAUGCCUCUGAGUGAGACUGGUCUGUUAUCAAGAUCAACAGUGGAGGCAAACAUUGGCAGCCAUUCAAUGGAGACGAGGAUGUGCACUCAUUCAGAGAGAAAGCCUACGAUGCACAUCAAUGUUCUUCAGACAAAGAGGGGCUCUGGGACCACACUGUGUAUCCAGGGAAGGGGAUAUGAGGAUACUAUCAAUCAGUUUGAUUGACAGGCGUUUUGCAUCAGCUUUGCACAUUUGCACAAAAAGUGAACUGUUGUUUUCAGUGAAAAAAUUUAUACAUGCCUGAAAUGAUGAAUGUGUAUUGUUUUAAUUUCUGGUAUAAUGGUAUAAUGAACAGAUAUGCCUAUAAACCUAUGUGUCUUGAGUAUUUAAAAUGUUUUAAUAUAAAAGAUAAACCAGGUUUAAUACCUCACUUCGCCUCACCUCAAGUUUCGUUGGACGCACAAGAAAUGGACUUCAGCAGGACUGCACCUGGUCUUUGAUUUAUGUGUAUGAAAAUGAUAUGAAACGUCAUUACAGUACAAAUACUAUGAACAUUUACAUGCAUGGGACAUUUUUUUCUGUUCUGACAAUUCCAAAGGCCCAGUGUUUGAAACAGAGCCUGGGAUACGCACACGCAUUCACAAUGUAUGGAUGUUAAACCUUAAUCCUAAGAACAAUGUAUUUACAAUGUAUUAAUGUAAUAAGUAUUUUUCUAUUAACGAGACCAAAUUCCUUUUACCACGUUCUGUUCAGUGUUUCAUCGAAUGAGAUAAAUGCAGUCAUAAACUCUG